AUGGACGGUGUGUGGAUCGAAAGGCUGACGGACGAAAGACCUGGGCUCUGCUUUUUGACCGAGUAUAGCCGAGCGCUGAGGCUUAUCAGUGGUCUUUGCGGUCUAGGGUGUAUCCGUGCCAGACAGCAGGCUCUUAGGAGUCACCUUGACUCACGGUUCAGGACCCACAUUUUGUCGGAGCCACAGGUACGUGAAUUCUUGAAGUUCAUUGGUGAGUUUUCUGCUCAGGAACUCCCGGUGGUGUUUGAGGUUAUUAGGCAGCACCUAUUCCCGGAUGCACCCACCAGGUGUCUUUUCCGCGCUGCGAGGCUUGACCCCCGUACUCACCCUGUGGCGUCCUUGCGUGCUGGUGCUACUGACCUCAGGGAGUUGGAGUUGUCCAUUGGUGCGCUUCCUGCUGGCGAUUGGCCCCCAACCCCUGUUCAGGUGGACAAGCAUGUGGAUGUCGAAUCCCUCUUGGAGGUCUCUUUGGCUCUUCCGCGGCCCAUUUGUCCCUUACUCCCAAGUUCACUUGCAGGUGUUUUUGGACCCGCCUCUUUCAGUGUUCCCCUGUGUGACCCGGAGGUUGAGACAUUGUCAGUCCAGCGACCUGAAAAGCUGACGGUGUAUGUCACUUUUAGAGGUGACUACGUGGUUACAAAGAUGGCAGAACUGAGGGAAAAAUCAACAGGUGCCGAACUUCUCGAGUUUAUUUGGCCUUUUGUGAAAACCUUGGCAAAGGAUUCAAGUGAUCCUUUUCACUACGGAGCGCUGUACUUGCCAGGUAAGAGACUGCGCCUGUGGUUGCAAGACCCAUUGGUUAACUUUUUGAACAGUACUGAGGCGGUGCUGGAAGCUUCUUUUUCCAACACUGUGCAUACCAACUCAGUUGCGUUCCAUGUUGAUUUGGGUGCCGUGCCUAUGUCGACGCAGAGUCAAGUUGGUGAUGACCCGCAGGUCCCCACACAAUUCCGACAUGUCAGGCCCACGACACCCGAUCGAAAGAGGAAAUCUGAAUCAAAAGAUCGGACACGAGGAGUGAAACCCAAAAGGAUCAGGAAAUCUAAAUGGGAUGAACCAACAGGAACUGCCAGCUCGUCAAAGGCCCCUGCUGGCCCCAAACUUGCGCUGGCGUUCAGUCCUCCGCCAGGUCUCAACAAGAUUCCUACUCAAUUGAUCCGUUUGUUGAAUUCUGUUCAGGGCCAGUUCCCCGCGGCUUUGGACACUUUGAAUUUUGUUGUGCUUAAUGGCGAAGAGGAUCCGAUGUCUUUUGGUAAUGUUACUGAUUUCGGCACUGUGCUGUCCACGUUCAGUCGUGACUCAAAGCUUUCACUGUUGAGUUAUGGCACUCACUGGUCCUUAGCUCUUGACGAUGUCGAAAUUGGUGACAGGGUUGCCAGUGUCUUUUUGAAGGUGCUGCGAGGAUCUUCUGGACAUGACGAACCUCCUAAAAAGAUGCCAAAGGAGGAAGAUCGGGACGACCGUGACAAAAGUGGAGACAAAGGUCGGAGCCGCAGUCCGGCUGAACACUCCACAUCUGCCCCAAAACGUGGUAGGCCAGUUUUUCAGGGCGGAUCAGGUUCUGGGUCUGGUCAAAGGCGCUCAAACCCUCCGUGUGAGUCCCUUUCAGGUGUCCAAGCAGAGACCAAUUUGGGUUCUUGUCAGAAGCCACAGGUCGAGCGUGCUGAUCAAGCUGUUGACCCCUUGUGCGCACCCCAAUGGCCCCUUGUUCCAAGUUCAGGUGAUUGCAUAGAUGUGCAGUGUCCACAAACAACGUGUUCAGGUGUCCCUUUUGGUUCUGCUUGCGUGUCAUGUCAGGCCUCUCAUGGUGUUGGUACUGGUCUCGGUGACAUUCAUGGUGAUGAAGCCCUGUGUGCUGUUCAGGACGUUACCCAUGUCUGUGCCUCCUCCGACCUACGUGCUUUGUGUCCUUCAGGUGAGGUUGGGUGUCCUGAUCCGUUUGUGUUGUUUUCUCGUUCGGACUCAGGGUGUUGUGCUUCCGAGCACUCGGAGCGCGUCUCGACGCCAUGGCUGCGCGGUGCUCCAACUGCAGCUGCUGGCGACAUCACUGACUAUGGCUCCGCAUUCGGAAACAAUCAGGGAGUCUUUGUGUGCCAAAAAAGAGUUCAAGAAGGGAAGGUCCGGUUAUGGAAGAACUGUCUGGAUAUUCGGGUUGAACAGGAGGACAUCGUUCACGGCUCGGAUUACAAUGACAAUUCUGGUUUCGCCGUUCAGGAAGGCACAAGUUGCAACAUCAACUACCACUGCGGCAACACGCAGAGUGAAAUCCCACAUGUCGCAAGUGUACGGAAUGCCGAAAGAGGUGAUGCAACUGCUUCGGACACUCAAACUACGGUUGGCUGGCAAAAUUUACAGGCCGAUCUUCAGGAAGUGCCUUUAGCUCAGGUCACACCAUCUGACACAGGUGACAUUGCGGCAAGUAUCCGACUGACUCAGAUCGACGAGGACUCAGUUCUGGACAUUUCCCCCACCUGCGUCUGGACUCAACCGCGUGUUGAAGAAGAGCUUGACGACGGUCCGCCGUACAGGAUGCCAAAGACGGUCCUACUUCCUGGACAAGAUGACCUGAGAGUUCCGGCACUUUUGAAUGCGUUACGAGAUUCCCGCUUUGCGGAUCUUGGAAGUGACGCAGGUAUCACUUUGGUGUACAGGAGCUAUGAGGCUCGGUUGGACCUGCACCCGAUGUUCAUCCGCUAUGAGUCAGUUCAGGCUUCCCUCACCUCCUGA